CAGCCACAAUUAGCAUCUUUUCAUUUGCAAAUGCAGCCAUUACCUGAGGAUUCAGCAGGGGGCAGGACUCUGCUCAAUUCUGUGCACAAACACUCUCCAUCAAAACUAAAGGAACUUGAGCUGUUUUAUGAGGAGACUUCCACUCUUCCUCCAGAAAAGAGAACUCGGUUGGAGGGUGAGCCAACAGAAAUCGCUAAAGAUGGUACAGAGUGGCGUGAAGAACAGCUGGGGCCACAUCUCCAUUUCACUCCAAUAGAAGCAUACGAUGCAGAUGGAGAGCCAACAGCUAAGGCCAGGAGAAGUAUCGGGAGUCGUCUUCAGAGCUUCCUGUGUUUCAUUACGCUCGACAUGCUUCGAAGGAUUCAGCAAUGGACAAAUCAGCAUGCACGGCAAACGGAGCAAGUGGAUUGGUUCAUGGACCUCCCAGAACUGAAGGCAUUUAUUGCAGUCAUAAUCUUGCGGGGGGUGACCCAUGUUCCAUCCCUACGUGACAGCUGGUCCGCCAAUCUGGGAAACCCACACAUCAUUGCUACUAUGGCCCGAAACCGCUUCCAAAACAUCAUGCAACAUCUACGCUUUGAUGACAGGUUCACACGCAACCAGAGAGCAGAGAUUGAUAGGUUUGCGGCAAUUUCGGAUGUUUGGGGAUCUUUCGUCAAUAACUGCAUCUCAUCCUACAACCCUGGUCGACACAUCACCAUCAACGAACAACUCUUCCCAUCAAAGACUCGCUGCACUUUCCUGCAGUACAUUGCAAGUAAACCCGACAAAUUUGGCAUCAAGUUUUGGGUAGCCUGUGACUUGAAAUCGAAGUACAUUUGCAACGUCCUCCCAUAUCUUGGAAAGGACCCCAGUCGUCCAAGUGGAGAGAGACUGUCUGAGAGUGUUGUCAUGAAGCUGAUGGAGCCAUUCAUGGAUAAGGGCAGAACUGUAACCACAGACAAUUUCUUCACAUCUCUGUCUCUUGCACAACGCCUGCGUAGCCGUAGAACCUCCAUCCUCGGCACCGUCAACAAGAUUCGCCGCGAAAUUCCACAGUCAACUAGACAGAAGGACCAGGCUGAAUUCACCACACGAGUGUUUUCCACCCCCGAAGCAACCCUGACAGUAUAUGCGCCAAAACGAAAGAAGAUGGUCUACGUCCUCAGUAGCAUGCACACAGUGAUUGAGAAUGAAGAUACCCCCAAAAAGAAGCCAAACACUGCAUGCACUGGAGUGCAGGAGAGACGGGUGGACUUCCUGAUUGAGCUGGCAAAAGAGUUGGCCAAAUCUCAUGUGAGCGCGAAGAAGGCACACAAGGAGGAAGUGUAUCUGCAGCAACCUCUCACACCUAGCCCUGGGAAAAGAGCCAAGUGUCAGGUCCCUGGUGAACCUGUCCAAGAGGAGCUGAAGAGAAGGGGCCUCCAGCUCGCAGAUUUCCCACUUGAAAGCACUGAGGGUCCCGAGCUAGCACUGCUGAUAGGAGCUGACUAUUACUGGCAUAUUGUGUCUGGCAAAAUUCAGCGAAUAAUCAAUUCUCUAGUAGCCAUAGAAAGCAGCUUUGGAUGGGCUCUGCAAGGACCAGUGUCUGCGUCCAGCUUGACUGAUGCCACAUGCAUGCAUAUUAGCGUAAGUGAGGGCGCACAGAUUUCAAAGCAGCUACAUGCCUUUUGGAAUAUGGAGUCUCCUGGCAUUGUAGACAAAGGAGCCCAAAACUCAGAAGAAGCAGAGGCGCUCAGUCACUUUGAACAGACUCUGGCUUACAAGGACGGCCGAUACCGAGUUGAGUUGCCACGGCGAUCUGAAGGCCUUAUCUCCCAGACAACUACGGAGUUGCAAAGAGACGUUUUGAAGGCCUUAAGAGGAGACUAA